UGCUGACGCUGCUGCAUGUAAAUCUCACUGGCUGCAGCCUUUCAGGGACACCUCUUGCGGACCGCCGGAGCCCACAGAGCAAUAAAUAUGGCAGCAGAGCUUUCCACCUCCAUAAACAUCAAGGAGCCCCGGUGGGACCAGAGCACAUUUGUGGGUCGGGCUAAACAUUUCUUCACUGUCACAGACCCCAGGAACAUCCUCCUCUCCAAUGAACAACUAGCACACGCGCACAAAAUCAUCACUGACUACAGGCAAGGUGUAGUGUCUCCAGGGCUGACUGAGGAUGAACUGUGGAAAGCCAAGUAUAUUUUUGACUCGGCAUUCCACCCCGACACUGGCGAGAAGAUGAUCCUGAUUGGCCGCAUGUCAGCACAGGUUCCCAUGAACAUGACGAUCACUGGAUGCAUGAUGACAUUUUACAAGACCACUCCAGCUGUGCUCCUCUGGCAGUGGAUCAAUCAGUCUUUCAACGCAAUAGUCAAUUAUACAAACAGGAGCGGCGAUGCUCCCAUCACAGUCAGUCAGCUUGGCACAGCUUAUGUGUCUGCCACCACAGGCGCAGUUGCCACCGCUCUAGGACUAAAUGCACUAACAAAGCAUAUCUCACCUCUGAUUGGACGGUUUGUGCCAUUUGCUGCUGUAGCUGCCGCUAACUGUAUCAACAUCCCGCUGAUGAGACAAAGAGAACUUAAGCACGGCAUUCCCAUAACAGAUGAGAAUGACAACAGGUUAGGAGAGUCCACGAAAGCUGCACAGCAGGCCAUCUCUCAGGUUGUGGUCUCCAGAAUCCUCAUGGCUUCUCCAGGAAUGGCCAUUCCUCCAUUUUUAAUGAACCACUUGGAGAAGAAGGCCUUUCUGAAGAAGUUCCCAUGGAUGAGUGCACCUAUUCAAGUCACCCUGGUGGGAUUCUGCCUGGUGUUUGCCACUCCACUCUGCUGUGCGUUGUUUCCCCAGAAGAGCUCCAUGUCGGUCAGCCGCCUGGAGCCCGAGCUGCAGGAGAAGAUCCGGGCCAGCCACCCAGGCGUGGAGAGGGUCUACUUCAACAAAGGUCUAUGAGUGCGCGGCCCACUCAACCAAACACUGCCAUAGCACAGCUGCAGGCUCGGUCCUCGCCUCUCUGCCAGCCCUCCUCAUUCAGUGUGCCAAAGUUCAGUUUGUGUCUCCUCAUUUCCACCAUUCAGAUGGAUAUUUCUGAGGACUCCCUCUCUGGGUCAGUCACUUUGUAACGAUCUCUUGUCAGUGUGAUUUUUAUUGUAAAUGCUAGAGAAGAUCUUCUCCAGAAGAAAAGUAUAAUG